AUGCACAAGGCCUCACCGGGCUACCUGUUAGGAGGGGCCUCGUUGUUCUCAACAAUCAUUGUCACUGUCCUUGAUGGUGUGUGUUACAUAUCUUCUCGAGCUUUGACACCAGAUAACUCUUUCAUCGAGGCGGUCAUUGUCAGCUUCAGCACUAUCAGUUGCUCUGUGGUUCUUGCGUUGAUGCUGAUCCUCGCGAACGAUUUGAAGAUUGAUGCUAGGCUGCUCCGACAGGGUUGGAGAACGAUCACCUACGGCACUGGCAUCGGAUAUCUCAUCGUUGCUGCUGGGGUAACGGCAGGAGGAUUAACGUGGAACGCCUUGGAAGCUGUGAGCAAGGUGAAGAAGUCAAACGUUGAUCCGUAUCAACAAGCACUGUUUAUUUCUCGCUGUGUCUUAUGGGCAAUUUCGGUUCUCUCACAAGGAAUGUUGUGCGGAGUGCUCUUGACAACCAUCACGAAUCAUGACAGCCGCAGUCAAUGGCCGACUUUGAUCUCGUACGAACUUAGCACUAUCACCCCCAGCCGUUCGGAAAUACUCCAGAAAGGAACAUCUUACACACCCUCGUCCAUUGCCGACUCGCAAUCUCCAUCGGUUGACACUAUAUCUCGUCACCAAUCAUCGGUUUCGAGGGAAACGUCUCGACGGUCAGUUCGUUAUUCCGGUAGAACACUGAUUCAGUCAGACUCCAAGCCUAACUCAUUCGAGCUUGAUUACACUACCGUUUCCUUUCCCGAAAGCGCAACGACACGCACCAAGAUAGGCGGCUAUCAUGAAGGCCAGGCCAGUGAAGACAAUCAAAGCAGACCACAGCACCUCCAGCGGAGCACUUCACAGAUCAAACGGUCCCUUGACAGUGUGAUGCUUCGCGCUUCGUCGACUCUGUCAUCCUCCACGCUAUCAGAGGCCGCCAAACAGCCACCCUCCACACUGAAGCUUCCGGAUGAAAGCAACAUACACCCGCUUUUUCGGUCUGGUACUCGGUCCCCUCCUCCAACAGCCACGCCAAGCACAAUGGUAGUCGCCGCGCCAGAUGCGGGUCAGACGAUUACCGUUAAGACUCUGCAAAGAAUGAGGUCGACACGUUCAUUCGGGACUUACACCUCACGGAGGAAGUCUCCUCUGCUUGCGCAGACAGAUCAUCUCUUUGAGGAUGUGGAGCAUAGGGCAGGGUCAAUCUCUAGUUAUGCCAACAGCGAGCGCGCUUGA